AUGUCAUCUACUUAUCCAACUAUCAAUCCAUUUCGUUGGGGUUUUAAUGGUACUGUUACCCAAUUCGCUAGUGAUGACUCUGUCAAGCUAACUCUAAAAGAUAGUAAAGAGAACACAGAUUUUAAACAUUUCGUAUCUCAAAAUGUGCCAGGCUUAAGAGAUGGUGCUACCUUUAGAUUGAACCCAUUGUUAUUCACUGGUAUCUUACAAACUGUCUACCUAGGUGCUGCUAAUUUUGAUCAAAAAUUUAGAGUCUUUUAUGGUAGAGAAGUUAGAAAAUUCUCAGAUGGUGGUAUCACUUCAAUUGAUUGGGUUAUGAAUUCAUGGAAGGAUAAAUAUCAUUUCGAUCCUUCAAAUUGUUCUUAUGAUAAGAAAUCUUUUGAUGCUGAUGAAAAAGAGACUCAUUUAGAGAAUUGGCCUCGUUUACAUCCAUUUACUAGAUUCUUAAGAGAACCUGAGAUCACCGAAAUCGAUGGUGACGAUAGACCAUUAAUCGUUGUAUUACACGGUUUAGCAGGUGGUUCUCACGAACCUAUUAUUAGAUCAUUGACUGAGAGUUUAUCUGCUAUUGGUAAUCAUAGAUUUAAAGUUGCCGUUUUAAACUCUCGUGGUUGUGCACGUACUAAAGUCACUAAUCGUUAUUUAGGUACUGCUAUCUUUACACUAGAUAUUGAAGAAUUCAUUAGAAAAGAAUUAGAAAAAUUCCCAAAUAGAAAGAUUUAUGCUGUCGGCUUUUCAUUUGGUGCAAUGCAAUUAUCAAACUAUUUAAGUAAGAUGGGUGAAAAUUCAAUGCUAACGGCUGCUGCCUUUUUAUCAAAUCCAUGGGAUAUGGUUAACUCAACAAGAAAGAUUGACAACGAUUUCUGGACAAAGACACUCUUUGCCAAAACAUUAGGUCAAUUUUUAUCAAGAUUAAUUAAAGUUAAUAUUGGCGAAUUGGAAGUACCAAACGGUACAGUCCCUGAUCACGAACCAACCCCAGAAAACCCUUGUUUUUAUACAUUUACAAAGGAGAAUCUACAAAAAAUAUCAGAGAUCACAUCCCCAUCACAAUUCGAUGAUAUAUUAACAGCACCAUCACUUGGAUUUAAAAAUGCAUAUGAUUAUUAUGGUUAUGCAACUAGUAUUACAAAAAUGCCACAUUUCAAAAUUCCAUGUUUAGUGAUAAAUUCCAUCGAUGAUCCAAUUGUUGAUAGCAACACUCUACCAAGAAACGAGGCAAUGAGCAACCCAUAUUUAGUUUAUUGUGAAACAGAUCUUGGUGGGCAUUUGGCAUAUUUAGAUUCAGAAAAGAAUUCCUGGGUCACUCCAAGAAUUGCUGAAUAUUUCUUUAAAUUUGAUGAACUGGUUCUCUGA